GCUUUAGGUCACCAGAGGUCAGCAUUGCACGGUUGCACACUGUUGCUCUCAAACGGGAGAGCUCUGGCAAUGGCGUGUAAAUCGUAGGAUAUACUGCACACCGUGAUGUUUUAAUAUAUUCACAAAUUUAUUUUAUUUUAAAGGGUGAUUACUGUAGUCAAGUCGGUGCUGGGUCAGAUUUACGGACCAGGUUUCUUGGAUGAGCUCCGCAGUGGUUUGGGAUGCGCAGUGCGCCUCUGUGCCGCCGCUGACUGGGACUGCUGCAGUGUAAACAAGACUGUCCGAGGCUGCAGCUCCGCUGUCUGUGGGCGAUAAGACACUGUACCAAAGAUGGACUUUGCCGCUGAGGGAAUAUCAGCUCUCUCUCGAAUCUCAGGGAAAUGACAGACAACCAGGAAACCCCCGAUGCUGAGGACACGGCUCCGUCUGGGAGCGCGACCUUGCCGCCGCUCCGGCCGCCCUGCGAGCGCCUCUCCUGCCAUAAGAGCAGCGUGUGCUCCCGCUCCUACUUCGUGGUAGUCAUGGUAUUUUUUCACGUAUACAUCAUUAAUGUUAUUGCACUGCUAUUUUACGUGCACUACAGCAGCGGACAGGAAGAUGCCAACCGGAGUCGUGAUACUCCCAGCAGUAAUCACCAGCGCCCCGAGUCGGGACGUCCGCCAUCUAAGCCUGAGUUCCUGCGUGAUGUUUCCUUAACAAGAAUCGAGGGAAUACGGGUGGGACAUGUCCAGAAGGUGUCACUGGUGCCAGGCAAAGUGCAUGAAAUGCGCACUCUGAGUCUGAAACCUUUGCUGUUUGAGAUCCCUAACUUUUUGUCAGAGGAUGAGUGCCGUGUUGUGAUGCAACUUGCACAGCUCAAGGGUCUGAUGGAGAGCCAGCUGAUGGUGCAAGAUGGACAGGAGGAGCUGGCCAAGGAGCUCAACCUCAGCCCAGAGGAGAUCUUCAACCUUCUUGAUAUCAACCAGGAUGGACAGUUGCAGCUCCAUGAGAUACUGACUCAUUCUCGAGUGAGGGACGGCAUCUGGCUCACACCGGAGAAUCUGCGAGAAAUCUAUGCUGGGCUGAAAGCUGACAAGGAUGAUGAUGGUUUGCUGAGUCUGGAGGAGUUCAGGCUUCUGAGCAAUGAUGCCUUCCAGCGCUUCCUGAUGCAGCAAGGGGUAAAGAGGAGUCAGCUGGUGAGAAACAGCAGGCACACAUGGCUCUACCAGGGCAAAGGAGCACACCAGGUCCUCCAAGACAUCAAGACGAGGGUGACUCGCCUCACUCGGCUUCCACCCACAUUAGUGGACCUCAGUGAGCCUCUCCAGGUGGUUCGCUAUGAGGAAGGAGGACACUACCACGCCCACCAUGACAGCGGCCCUGUGUAUCCUGAAACAGCCUGCACACACACGCGGCUUGCAGCCAACAUCUCCACUCCUUUUGAGACAUCUUGCAGGUACAUCACAGUUCUCUUCUACCUGAACUCUGUUGAGGGGGGUGGGGAGACCGCAUUCCCUGUGGCAGACAACAGGACCUAUGAUGAAGUGUCUCUCAUACAGAAUGACGUCGACCUUUUGGACACCAGAAGGAAUUGUAAGAAGAGUAACCUGAGGGUCAAGCCUACCAAAGGGACAGCUGUUUUCUGGUACAACUACCUUUCCGAUGGAAGAGGUUGGGUGGGAGAGCAAGAUGAAUACGCUCUGCAUGGAGGCUGCAUGGUCACCCAAGGCACUAAGUGGGUCGCCAAUAAAUGGAUCAACAUUGAUCCAGAUUACCAGCGGCAGGCGCGCUACCAACAGCUGGUUUCACAGCAGCCAGAGGACGAAGAUGACGAAGGUCUGACUCUGAACCCGGACAUACAGAGUUCUGAUAUCCAUCAAGACUUGUAGCUCAUAAACCAAAUUU